AGAUAAAAUUUAAAAUAAGAACUUGCAAAUUUGAUCACUCAUAAAAAUGAAAAAUUAUUUCAUGUACAUCCUUCUCUUCAAUCUUGCCAUCAUUUUUCUUUGCUUCAACUAUACAAUGAGCAUAAAUUCCAUCAAUGAUAUUUGCAAGAAAGCAUCAAAUAUUGAUCCAAAUUUUACCUAUCAAUUUUGUGUUUCAUUUCUUGCAUCCAAUCCCAAGUCCAAAUCUGCAAAUCUUGAAGGAUUAGUGCUCAUUUCAAUCAAACUAACCAUAUCAAAUUCAACAAACAUAAUCUCUCACAUUUCUCAACUUCUCAAGCAUAAAAAAAUGGAUCCAUACAUCAAUGGUGCCCUAAAAGAUUGUUUGGAGCAUUAUUCUAAUGCAAAUUCUGAAUUACAUGAAGCAAUUUCUGAUUUAACAAAGUCUAAAAAAGAUUAUUCUAAAGCUAAUAUUGAUGUUAGUGCUGCCAUGGAUUUAUCAACUACUUGUGAAGAUGGUUUCAAGGAGAAGAAAGGUGUGGUUUCUCCUUUGAAAAAGGAGAAUAAAAUGUUUUUCCAAAUGACUGCAAUUAUUCUUUCUUUUAUGAAGUUGAUGCAUAUUUAAUAUAAUUAACAUCUUGUUUAAUUAGUGGCAAGAUUUGUAAUUACAAUAAUUAUAAUUAUUUAUUUGUCUAGCUAUUUUUGUUUUUAAAGAUGAUUUACACAAUACGUCGCGAAGUUAAACUAGAAUGUGGGGUGCCACAUUUGAUAAAAUAUGUUUAAAUCGAAGAGAAAAAAACGCGAAAGAUGGAAUUUUUCUUUGUGAUCACAAAAACCCAUUUUUUAAGGGUCUUAUUAUUUUU